AUGAGUCGUAGUUCUGACGAAUGGAAGGACCUACCAGCGGAUUCAACGGAAACGGAAAUGGUAACAGUAAUGGAAACGGGUAUUCGGCCUCCACCAACGGAUUCAACAGAAACGGAAACGGGUAUUCGGCCCCCACCAACGGAUUCAAUGGUAAUGAAAUCGGGUAUUCGGCCCCCACCAACGGAUUCAACGGCAAUGGAAACGGGUAUUCGGCCUCCACCAACGGAUUCAACAGAAACGGAAACGGGUAUUCGGCCCCCACCAACGGAUUCAACGGUAAUGGAAACGGGUAUUCGGCCCCCACCAACGAAUUCAACGGUAAUGGAAACGGGUAUUCGGCCUCCACCAACGGAUUCAACAGAAACGGAAACGGGUAUUCGGCCCCCACCAACGGAUUCAACGGUAAUGGAAACGGGUAUUCGGCCUCCACCAACGGAUUCAACGGUAAUGGAAACGGGUAUUCGGCCUCCACCAACGGAUUCAACAGAAACGGAAACGGGUAUUCGGCACCUACCAACGGAUUCAACGGUAAUGGAAACGGGUAUUCGGCCUCCACCAACGGAUUCAACGGUAAUGGAAACGGGUAUUCGGCCUCCACCAACGGAUUCAACAGAAACGGAAACGGGUAUUCGGCACCUACCAACGGAUUCAACGGUAAUGGAAACGGGUAUUCGGCCUCCACCAACGGAUUCAACAGAAACGGAAACGGUUUCGGAGCCCCUGCCCCUUGCAACGGCUAUGCUCCCCCCCAGCAACACCUACAUUCGAAAGGAUAUCUUACCCUUAUUAUAUGUGGAUUAG